AUGCCGCAUACAGUUUUGCCAUCCACAGGUCAAGCUGGUGUCAAUCAGCUGGGCGGUGUCUUCGUCAAUGGUCGCCCACUGCCCGAUUGUGUGCGUCGGCGUAUAGUCGAUCUGGCGUUAUGUGGUGUCAGGCCCUGUGAUAUAUCCCGGCAGCUUUUGGUCUCGCAUGGCUGCGUUUCGAAAAUACUGACGCGAUUCUAUGAAACUGGCUCCAUACGCCCGGGCUCCAUUGGCGGCAGCAAGACCAAGCAAGUUGCAACGCCCACGGUGGUUAAGAAGAUAAUACGGCUAAAGGAGGAGAACAGCGGUAUGUUCGCCUGGGAAAUACGCGAGCAGCUGCAGCAGCAACGCGUCUGCGAUCCCAGCUCCGUGCCCUCGAUCAGCUCCAUUAAUCGCAUUCUGCGCAACAGUGGCUUGUGGACGGAUGAGAUGACUUCGAGUCAACAGAAUGCGGCAGCAGCAGCCGCAGCAGCAGCGGCGGCAAUGUCGGGGAACGCCGCCUAUGCCACGUCCACGCAGCUUUAUGCCGGUGCCACCAAUAUGUCGCCAGCAACAGCAACGGAACGUGGAGCAGCUACGCCUUUGCAGCAACGCUAUGGCAAGGGUGGCGUCCCUCCAACACAUCUCAGUGGCGACAUUCCUAUUAAGCCUGCACCAAAGCAUGCGCCCCAACACGGCACCUCCCUGGCUCAGUUGAGCGCGACGGUAUCGAGCGCCGUCUCCAGCCAACUGGGCGGUCUGGAUCUCAGCUACUCGACUCUGCACAAGCACUGGCUUUGGAAUCCCUCGCUACUCUACUACACGCAGGCUCACAUGCAGGCUGCUGCUGCCAGCCAGGGCCAGCCCUUUCUUUCCUAUGGCGGGAGUGGCGGACAUUGUGGAACUGCCACCGGCCACUAUAUGCCGCACAGCGCCGCGGCGGCAGCGGCAGCAGCAGCUGCUGCUGUGGCCGGCAGCUCCACAGUUGGCUUCACCAAAUCGGAGAGCUCCAUUGAUUUGAGCACACCCGGGGUGGCGGGCGAUGCGCUCAGUGAUUGUGAUUCUGGAAAAUCCUCCCCUGCGGCUUUAUCGGCUACGUCAGCGGCAGCUGCAGCUGCAGCUGCAACAAACACUCUGAUGGAGUCCACACUGACCAGCAGUCGCAAGCGGAACCCCUACUCCAUUGAGGAGCUGUUGAAGAAGCCGGAGAAACGCUUGCGUCUCAGCUCGGAGCCGCACCUAAGGCUGGAGGCAACAAAGCGUGAGAAUCUGGAGUGCAUCAGUUCCAGUUCCUGUGAGAGCAGCAGCAGCUGUAGCGUCGAGGAGGACCGAGUGUUGAGCACAACUCCUGCUGUGGUCGCUCGUUCCGAGUCCACUGAGAUGCAGUUGCUCGUCGAUGCUGCCGAGGAGGACUGCAGCGUUGAGGUUGUCAACUAA